UAUUUUUAUUUUUAGAGACGUUUCUGCAGAGGUAUGCAGGAGGCGUGGUUUCCAACUAAUGAGUUUUAUUUUGACAGAUACUGACGAAAACAAAAGAAAACUCAAUGAUCAAAGUGAUUAACCAAUUACUUCUAAGUAAAUCCGUAUAAAACGGUUCAUUCUUAGGAGCCCUGCUAUUGGACGGAUGAAAACUUUAUUGACAAGGGAAUGCAUGUUCGAGUUACAAGUUACAUUACAUAACCUUACAAAAAGGAACGAAGAUGGGGAAGAUAUUUUCCACUGUUAAGCACCCUUUUAGAAAUUUUAAUUUAGAAUAUAGAGCUCACAAAGUGAUAUCCCAGCCCAAACCUAUUCCUGCACCUCUGCAUGAAAAAGACCAAAUUGAUGUGGAACGGCUUAUGAAAGAAUUCCCAGACGUUUAUGCAAAAAGCCUCCAAAAGGAUGAGAAACUUGACAAGCAUUUGAAAGAUAUAUUCGUAACCUCACAUGAUCCUAAUAUAGCACACAAACUAGAACAAAAUCCAGAAAGGCCUCUUCCCACAGACAGGAAAGCAGUAGAAACGUUCCUUUAUGGUGUUAAGCAGUCAGAAAAAAUUCCACUGGGAAAGGUUUCACUAGCAACUGCGUUAGAAUUCAUCACAAACCAUCAAGGUGACCCUAGAAAAUAUUCAGCAAAGAAAAUUUCCGAAGACUGUUUACUUCCCGAGGAGAAAGUCAAUUCUAUACUGAAAUAUUUCAAGGUUUUCGAAGUUUACGUGCCCCUAGAACGGACAACGGAUUCUAAGUUUGUGGGCCCCAGUGAACCCAAGGUUCGUAUUAUCAAAGAGCUGAGGAAGAAGCUGUCACCUCCAGACGCGAAAGAAAAAGAAUAAGUGGUUUAAUGAAACAGUGUGUUGCUUAGUAGUUUAUAUUAAAAAAAUACAAUAACAAAUUGUC